AUGUGUCAAUCUAUUGGACAGGUCGCUAUAUGCUCGAUGAAACAUAACAAUCUACAACAUAUUGUAGGGGAAUUGAUGACAUGUGUCGAAGAGGCGAAACAGUAUGAGAAAGAGAUACUCCAAAAGUACAUCGCAAAAUGCGAAGUCUUUUACGGAUGUUGCAUAAUAAUUAUUUACAUUACGGCAAGUGGUGUUCUAUUAGGGCCGAUAUUCCUGGAAACUCCAUUUCCAUUCGAAGUGGAAUAUCCAUUUAGCAUCAAUUAUACGUUGAUAUAUGUUAUCAUGUAUUUUCAUCAGUUUAUCGCUAUCUUACAAUGUACUGCACAUGUAUGUCUAAGUGGAUUUGGGGCUCUUCUACUUUGGUUCCUUGCUGUAAGAUUUGAGUGUCUUGCUGUGGACUUCCAAAAAUGUUCUGAUGUUAAUAUGAUGACUGAUUGCAUUAAAAAGCAAUUACGAUUAAGAAGGUAUGCAGAAAAUAUUUCCAAUUGUUUUCGUUUUAUAAUUGCUUAUGCUAUAAUAGUGAGCACAGUUUCUAUAAUUAUAUGCGGUCUACUAUUGACUACGAAUCUUGUACCGCCCGUUGUGAAGCUACAGUUUAUAUUGGUAAGUGGCACUGUGCUCAUAGAAGUCUACAUGUACGCAUGGCCAGCUGAAUAUGUGAUGGAUACGAGUAUAAACGUUUCACGCUGUGUGUAUAACUUGUUGUGGUAUGACCAUACACUAGCGUUGCAGAAAUACCUAUUAAAUGUGUUGGCUUUUCAGAAGCCCGUUACCAUUUCUGUCACACUCUUGUUGCCAGAGCUCUCGUUGCGCUACUUUUGCGCGUACUUGACCAAUGCUUUCUCCAUCUUCACCACCGUGCGUGCCGUGGUGGUAGAAGAUUAG